AUGUCCAGAAAAGGAGGAGCCUCCCUACAAAUCGAUGUGCCCUGGAGGGCAUCCUCUGGUUCCAAGCCUAUUCCUAAAAUUCACCUUUCCCCAAUUCUUCGUCUCCCUCAAACGCCCCUUUCGGAAUAUGCUCUCUCUGUUAUGAAGCACCCAGACCCCAUUGGGAGUGGGCUAGGGAAGGAGGCUAUAUUGGAAGCAGCAGGACCAGAUUGCAUUGUGCCUGGACAGACUGCACCUGUUAAAUUACUUGGUCUUAAGGUAUGGCCCAUUGAGAUUGAUAUGAAGUUUAUAGAACCAGUUGGAAGGGAACUCAAAUCAAUUGGAAGGUUCAUGGAUUCAGCAGUCGAUCUCAUGAACAAAUCCUUUAUUGAUCGCUAA